UGAUGGCAUUGAUCAAGCUCGUGGUUAUAGUAUUAUAGUUCCAGGGAACCUCAUUGCAACAACAGAUGGCUUUGAAAAGAAAGAGCAUUCAUGGUAACGACCCUAGGAUCUCAUUGAAGCUCAAGAUUGGUUUGCUCUCUCUCCAAUUCCAUCAGAUCUAUCUAUUCAGGUUGAAGACAUCAACUUUUGUGUUCACAAGGUAACAUGAGACAAAACCAAACUUAUCAGUUUUGCUUUGAAUCCUUUCAGUAAAAUGCUUCACUGGUAAUGAAAAUCGAAUUCACAGCAGAAUGAUAACUAAACUGGCGAAGUUUUGUAACCUACAACGCAGUGUACAAGAUCAGGGAAAGUGCAAGGUUCACUUAAACAGCCAUUUUCAAACUCUGUGCAAUAUUAUUCCUGCACCUUGUUUCUAAAUUUAGAAAUACACAAAAUAAUCAAGUAAUGCUACAGCAUUUGUAAAUGUCUUCUUUUGUUUCACCAUGCAGUUUAUACCACCUAUGUCAUUUUGCUAAAUGUUCUCUUUUUACUUCUCCAGUUUCCAAAGCAUCUACAUAAUCAGAGAUGCUCCUAUAGAAAGGUUAAUUGCACAAAAGGGAGGGCAAAAGAGGAAAGAAGAAUCUGAAAUAUGGAGAGACAACUUGCAUAAUAAAUAUACUUAAAAACAGUUUUAAGAGAGACUGCAGCUGAAUGAAGGUUUUGAUAACUGAAAAUAACCAGAGAGCUCUUGCAUGUAAAGGCAGUAAACCUUGAUGAGGAAUAUCUAUAAACAUACAACUAAAUGACUCGAAAAAAUCUUACAUUUUACCUACAAAUGAAACACGGGUCUAAAACUAUGUUUCUGUACUAAUGGCAACCGAGUACACCAUACAUGUGUACAAUGUAGACAUUUUAGUAAUUAGACUAUAUCUCAAUUAAGUUGUGCUUUCAUGAGGAACAACCAUUUCAUCUUACUUAUCCUCCUGGAACAGUAUCCUUUAGUCGCAAGGUGUGGCUACCUAAAUAGACUCGAACUCGAGCCUUCAAAUCCAGAUUUAGGUUAUGAUCUCAAACUCGAAAACUUUCCAGGUGGAUCAGAAACAUUUGAACUCGUCCUGAAAUUCUGUUAUGACCUGCCAAUAGGCUUAAACCCCAAUAAUGUAGCAGCACUAAGAUGUGCUUCAGAAUUUCUGGAGAUGACUGAAUCACUAGAAGAUGGAAAUCUCAUCUCCAAGACUGAAGCUUUCUUUACGUUUGUGGUCCUUUCUUCAUGGAGAGACUCAGUCACUGUCCUCAAAUCAUGUGAAAAGCUGUCUCCAUGGGGUGAAAACCUUCAGAUUGUUCGAAGAUGUUGCGACUCAAUUUCAUGGAAAGUAUCUCGAGAAAACUCAGCCACAGUGGAGAACAUCAGUGAAGAAGAUUGGUGGUUUGAGGAUGUGGCUACUCUUCGCAUUGAUCACUUCAUAAGGAUCAUAGUAGCCAUAAGAGCAAAAGGGACAAAACCAGAAAGUAUAGGUUCAUGUAUCAUGCGAUACGCAGAAAAAUGGUUGCCAGAUAUAGAUGCAGGUAAAGCAAUAAAAAGACGUGGAUAUAGUCAAAAUGAGGUACAAUGGAGUGUCACAACUGGCAAGAGCCUGGAAGGGGUCAUUGGACAGAAUAAGGAGCAUAGAAUGAUCAUAGAGAGUCUAGUAAGUAUACUGCCACCUCAGAAGGAAGCUGUUUCUUGCAAGUUCCUUCUGUGGAUAUUGAAGAUGGCCCUAGUGUUUUCAAUAUCCCCAGCUUUAAUCUCAGAGCUCGAGAAAAGAGUUGGAAUGGUUUUGGAAAAAGCAAAUGUGAAUGAUCUGCUGAUACCAACUUAUACAGUAGGAGAUCAAGGGAAGAUGGUAAAGAUGACCAAUGACCGGACAAUGCACAACAUAGACGUUGUCCAAAGGAUUUUGGAGUACUUCUUGAUAUAUGAACAGCAGCAGCAGCUGCUGCUGCAACAAAAUCCAGGGACAUUGACUGUUGGCAAACUCCUUGACAACUAUCUAGCAGAAGUUGCAAGAGAUCCCAAUCUCUCCAUCUCCAAGUUUCAAGUUUUAGCUGAAUCUUUGCCUGAAAAUGCUCGAACAUGUGAUGAUGGUCUCUAUAGAGCCAUUGAUACUUAUCUCAAGACUCAUACUUCACUAUCAGAACAAGACCGCAGAAGGCUAUGCAAAAUCAUGAACUGUGAGAAGCUGUCAAUUGACGCAUGUAUGCAUGCAGCACAAAAUGACAGGCUGCCCCUACGAACUGUAAUCCAGGUUUUGUUCUCAGAACAGGUAAAGAUGAGGGAUAUAAUACAAGGAAAGGAUAACUGUGAUGAUAACCCUGAUCAAGAUGGAAGCUGGCUAUGUACAAAGAAGGAAGUCAACACUCUCAAAGCAGAAUUAGAUAUAGUAAAGGCCAAAAUGGAAGAAUUGCAGACGGACUAUUUUGAGUUGCAGCAAGAAUAUGAAAAACUAAAUAACAAACACAAGAGCUUAUCAAGUUGGACAUUUAAAUGGAUGAAAAUUAAAAAGUCUUCUCUUGCCCAGGCCAAAACUGUUGAGGAAGAAGCUGAUGACGGCCACCCUAGAUCACACUCAGGCCAUAAAACCAAGUUCCACAGGAGGGUAUCAAUUUCCUAAAGUUCCCCCUACCUAAGAUCCGAAAGCUUUCUGAACUCGUUGUAGAAGACAGUAGCAGUUAAGUUUUGGAUAAAAUGGGCUAGUUGGAGCCUGUUCACAUGCUGUGAGUUUUUUUUUUUAAAACCUCAUUUCUCUUUCAUAGACAUGGCUUAUAUAUUUGUGCAAAUGUGUAAGAAAUUUUAGUCAUUCCUCUGGAACACAUGAACAAAAUAUAACCUUCCAGUCCUUGUAGUAAGCAACUAAGUCUCGAUAACAUGAAAGACACAUUUCAAACAUGUAAUCCUUUGAGCCACGAAUAACAUACAUUUGCGAUGAGAGUGCA